AUGCAAUGCUUAACGGAGAAUGCGUUAGUGCAACUGAUACCUGUGGUCGGCCCUAGAAUGAAGUUUAUCAAGCAACUUGAAUCUUUGAAAAAAAACCUCCAGGCCCGAGAGUAUUGAUGUAGUUGAAGAGGGUACCCCAAUUGCCAAUGAAGAAAUGGAAGUACAAGACAGAAUUCCAGCUGAUACAGAAGUAAAAGCAAGGUUUGAAUCUUAAGUUAUGGUAUAAUAUUGUGCUACAUUAUAAUACUGGAUCAUUAUUUCUAUGACUUGCUUCAACAACCUUGAUAACUUUGUUUUUAUAACUAUUUUUGCAAAACAAUAGUUUAAAAAAAUAAAAGGUGCGGUCGGUUUAUAGCCUUAGAUCUUACUUUCAGUGCUGAGCCUCUGCUUUUGUGUAAGGUAGUUUAACUGCCUUUUACCAUUACUUUACUCAAUUGAGUAUACAUUCGCUUGUAAGUAGAGACUGUUUUGUAAGAUACAUAAGGACAGUAUAAAUUUGUUUUGUGCCAACAUGGUUGCUGUGUAAGGUGUUUUGUAAGCACCUUUUACCAGUAUCUCUUUUGAGUGCUAUAUUUAAUAGCGCUCAUCAAAGAGGACAGAAAUGAAUUUAUACUAUUAAAAUUUCAGAAAAAGGAAAAGAACUCAUUCCUUGACGGCUAAGAGAAGACAAAGGCUUGCUCGCAACAAAAGGAAAAGGGAAGAAAGACAAAAGUCAAAAACGGGACUUGAAUUGCUGAUGAGUGAUCUAAAACAGAAAAAUCAGAAUCUGCAUGAAGCAAUAGGAGUAGAAAAGAAAAUGAAAGAAAAGUACUUCGAGAUGUGGAGAGCUUCAGAAAGGAAAAAGAGAAACUAA